AAGAGGAAGUGAUCGAGGAAUGUUCCCAGCUGACACGGAAAGUAUGGGUGGAUUGUAUCAACAAAGUUCCACGAGGAAAUGGAAUUCAGCCGAUUGCAUGAACGGUCUCCAAAUUACAAGCAGCCAUGGCUUCCUCCAGGAGCUACAGUGCAGCUCUGCUGGUGCUCGUUACUCUGCACCUGCUCCUCUCACGGACUGAGUCAGCUAGCUGCUGUGUUGGGUACUCCUCCAGGCACGUUCCUUGUCACAAGCUGAAGCGCUACACCAUCCAGCGCAUGACGGGCACCUGCGACAUUGACGCUGUCAUCUUCCACACCAGAAGUGGAAGAUUCCUCUGUGCAAACCCCUCCCUCGAAUUGACUGUUAACGUACUCCAGUGCCUCAAGUGAGUUCCUAGCCUGUAUCCCUGUUGCAAUUUUUAUCGACUCAUGUGGCUGUUUUGGAUACAUUUGCUUUUACGGUUAACGUUAUUUGGUUUGUGGACUUGCGUAAAUUAUCUAUUUGAAACGUUUGAAACUGAUUUUUACUUUUUCCCGCAGAGAAAGGCACGGAAGAAGUCGUGAAAGCCCACUUCUUCACCAAUCAAGAGGAAAACAUUUCAUGAAGGACUUAUAAAGAUAUAUUUAAUAUUUAAAUAUGUGUAAUUGUUAUAUAAUCAUAUCGCAUCUUAAACUUUGAAGUUCAUCUGUUGAUCCUUUUCUCGUAUUCUGUAUAUCGUUUUACCAACGGAUAUGUAAAAUGCCAGAUAAAAUUUUUAUUGUUGCUGUACUGACGUUUUCUACACUACAGUUUUUCUUUAGUUUUGUAAAAAAAAAAUCAUAUUUGCGCUAUGUAGCAGAUCGCGAGUUUAUGAUACGCAAUUCUUGUAGAAUCCACCAAGUGAAAGUUGUAGCACUUCAUAUUAUGAAUUUUAAAUAAAAGCGACUGACGACU